UCUCAGGCACACACAGACACAGAGAGUGGUCUAGAGACUUCAUUUUUACUAACAAUAAAUUGAGGACCACUGUCUUUCUGGAUGUGGCAGUAGCUGAAGAACGUAUUGCCACAUUAAUGAAAUCUUUAUGCUGGAGAUCUUUUUCAUCAUUUCUUUCUGCCAUAUAGUGUAGAAAGAAAAAUUAUGAACACACUGCUACUGCGCAGAAAUUUCUGAUAUGUAUUAUUUGUUGUUAGUUUUUGAAUUUGGUACAGCAGUUUAAGUUUUGACAUUUUACCAGCGGUACUUCUGAAAUGUCAAUUAGGUUAAAAGAUAAAUGGUAUGGAGCUCAAUUCUGCACCAUGUAAUUCAUAUCCUUUGAGCUCUGCCAUAAUAUCUUGCGCCAGCAUUUAACAACUGAAUUCUGGUUUCUGGGCCUCUCUCUCUCUCUUCUCUCCGGGAAUGGCUCAGUUACUUCCUACGUCGCGCUUCACCUCAAUCCACCAACACGCAACCCGUUCGACUAAAUGCCCACCCCCUUUGUCAGUUUACUACUCGCUUAUACCACUCCACUUGAAGAAGCCACAUUCUUUCCUCCACAAGAACCGGAAUUUUCCCAGGUUUUUGACCCGGGCUUUUGAUACAGAGAGCGAUGAAAAAUUAUCGGAUGAUUAUCAGAAGAUUGAAGGCGGAGGUGGGAGGGAGGGGGAGAUGGUGGGUGAUAAUGGGAGCUCUUUUUCUGGAUUUGAUGAUGACAAGUACCCGAGCGGGGAGUUUUUGUACAGGGAAUAUAAUCUUUGGGAGAGUUUGGUUGUGAAGUUCAGGAUGUUAGUUGCAUGGCCUUGGGAGCGUGUCAAGAAGGGCAGCGUGCUUGUGAUGAAAAUUCGCGGAGAGAUAUCUGAUCAGCUGAAGAGCCGUUUCUCCUCAGGAUUAUCUUUACCUCAAAUUUGUGAGAAUUUUAUAAAAGCAGCUUAUGAUCCUCGCAUUUCGGGUAUUUAUCUCCACAUAGAACCAUUGAGUUGUGGAUGGGGUAAAACUGAAGAAAUUCGAAGGCACAUUUUGGACUUCAAGAAAUCAGGCAAGUUCAUUGUGGGCUAUGUGCCAGCAUGUGGAGAGAAAGAGUACUACAUUGGUAGUGCUUGUGAAGAGCUUUAUGCCCCAGCAAGUGCUUACUUUCAAUUGUAUGGACUCACUGUUCAGGCAUCAUUCCUUGGAGGUGUCCUGGAGAAAAUUGGGGUUGAGCCACAGGUUCAACGGAUUGGUAAAUAUAAGAGUGCUGGGGAUCAACUUACGCGUAAAAACAUAUCUGACGAGAACCGGGAGAUGCUAACAGCUUUGCUUGACAACAUUUACGCAAACUGGGUAGAGAAAAUUUCGCUUGAGAAAGGAAAGAAAAAAGAAGAUAUUGAAAAUUUUAUUGAUGAAGGAGUUUAUGAAGUUGAGAGAUUGAAGGAAGAUGGCUGGAUAACUGAUAUAAAAUAUGAUGAUGAGGUUAUGUCACUGCUAAAAGAGCGUUUGGCAAUUCCUAGUAGUAAAAAUCUUCCAACAGUUGACUAUAGGAAAUACAGCCGCGUUAAGAAAUGGACUUUAGGCUUGACUGGAUUUAGAGAUCAAAUAGCCAUAAUUAGAGCCUCUGGAAGCAUCAGCCGUGUACGAGGUCCACUAAGUGCAUCCAGCUCUGGGAUCGUAGCUGAGCAAUUCAUUGAAAAGAUUCGCAGUGUAAGAGAAUCAAAAAGGUACAAAGCUGUUGUCCUCCGCAUUGACAGUCCUGGAGGGGAUGCCCUUGCUUCUGAUUUAAUGUGGAGAGAAAUCAAACUUUUGGCUGCCUCAAAACCUGUUGUUGCAUCAAUGGCUGAUGUUGCUGCUAGUGGAGGAUAUUACAUGGCAAUGGCUGCACAGACUAUAGUUGCGGAAAACCUUACCCUUACUGGUUCGAUUGGAGUUGUGACAGGAAAGUUCAAUUUGGAAAAACUUUAUGAAAGGAUUGGCUUCAAUAAGGAGAUUAUAUCAAGGGGACGAUAUGCAGAACUUACUGCAGCUGAACAACGACCUUUCAGGGCUGAUGAAGCAGAACUCUUUGCAAAGUCAGCACAGAGUGCAUAUAGAAGUUUCCGGGACAAGGCAGCCUCUUCAAGAUCAAUGACUGUAGACAAGAUGGAGGAGGUUGCUCAAGGAAGAGUUUGGACUGGCAAUGAUGCAGCUGCACGAGGUCUAGUUGAUGCUGUUGGUGGACUAUCUCGAGCUGUGGCAAUAGCAAAACAGAAGGCUAAUUUACCAUUGGACAAACAGGUCACCCUGGUUGAGCUGUCAAGACCUUCUACUUCUCUUCCUGAAAUCUUGGGCUUAGGUAGCACUCUUGUUGAAGCAGACAAAGCAUUUAAAGAGUUGCUACAGGUCAUGGCAUCAUCUGAUGUAGUUCAAGCCCGUAUGGAUGGAAUCAUGAUGGAACAAUUAGAUGGAGCUUCAUAUGCCAACUUUAUCUUCAGACUGAUAAAAGAUUACCUAAGAUCUCUCUAGUUUUUACAAAAUUCUUCCUUAUUUUCGUAGUCAAUCAAAGCAAAAGCAAGUUGGUAUGCAUCAUCUGAAAGCGGAUUGGCCAUGUAAAUUCAGCCUGAAUACAAAUGCAUGUUAUCCGUGGUACACAGCAGAGUUUGCUAGGUAAUGUUCUAACUUCCAGAGCUAUUUUGUACUCUGCUGCUAGGAUAAAGAGCACAGCUCAGCAAUUGAAGUCUUUGAGCUUGCCAUAUUGUAGUGCAUCUAGAACUUGUUCAUGUGAAUAGUGGGUGUUUUCCCUUUAUUUAUAUAACAGAUCUGUAUUGUUACCAAGCCUCGAACGUGAGAAAUCUAGAGUUAAGAACUACUCCUGCAUUGUGGGCAUACUAUUUGAGGCAGGAUUCUUGUGAACUUUGUAAAAAGUGAUGUUAGGUAACCAAUGUUUUGUUCAUGUAAACACUAAAUAAUGGCCCAAUAAUAGGAGGCAUCACACCAGAAAGACGAAGAUAGAGACAUUCUUUCUGAUAAUCUGUGCUUGUUACUAUUAAUGAUGCUUUUAAUCACUGGGGAUAUAUUUUUCCAAGUGAGGUACUUUUUCCUUGA